AUGGGUUGUUUUUCUUGCGUUGAUUCGAGGGUGGAGGAAAAAUCGAAUCAUCAAAAAGUUGGGGCUGAUCGUCCUGAAGUUCACCCAUCUACCCCUCCCAACAAUUUCAGCCCUGAUUGCUUUUUAGGGGCGAGAGGCUUCGACCAUGUUUAUAGAGGACGUCUUCAGGGCGGUGGUCAGGUUGUAGUUGUGAAACAAUUGGAUAGAAACGGGCUUCAGGGUAACCGUGAAUUUCUUAUUGAAGUUCUUAUGCUUAGCCUUUUACAUCAUCCCAACUUAGUGAAUUUGAUUGGGUAUUGUCCUGAUUGA